UCUGCGGGCGCUGGGCGCACCACCCUUCCCUGCUUGGCCCCCGGCCGGCUUCUCUGGUCGCCAUGACGGCGACUGUGUUCUUCGGCUGCGCCUUCAUUGCUUUCGGGCCUGCGCUCGCCCUCUACGUCUUCACCAUUGCCACAGAACCGUUGCGCAUCAUCUUCCUCAUCAUCGGAGCUUUCUUUUGGUUGGUGUCUCUGCUGUUUUCCUCCUUUAUUUGGUUCCUGGCAGGAGCCAUUACUGGCAACAAAGAUGAACCAACACCGAAAUACCUGCUGAUCUUUGGAGUAUUAGUUUCAGUCUUUAUCCAAGAAUUGUUCCGGUUUGCCUAUUAUAGACUUUUAAAAAAAGCCAGUGAGGGUUUGAAGAGUAUAAAUCCAGAUGAACCAGCACCCUCUAUGCGAUUACUCGCUUAUGUGUUUUCUUCCUCCUUAGUUUCUGGCUUGGGUUUUGGAAUCAUGAGUGGAGUAUUUUCCUUUGUAAAUACCCUGUCUAACUCCUUGGGACCAGGCACAGUAGGCAUUCAUGGAGACUCUCCCCAGUUCUUCCUGAAUUCAGCUCUCAUGACGCUGGUUAUCAUGCUGCUGCACCUGUUCUGGGGUGUUGUCUUUUUUGAUGGCUGUGAGAAGAAAAAGUGGUACGUCCUUCUUGUAGUUCUGCUGUCCCAUCUGCUGGUGUCAACUCUGACCCUCAUAAGUCCUUAUUAUGGAGUAAUUCUGGUGUCAGCAUAUAUCAUCAUGGUGCUCACGGGCAUCUGGGCAUUCUUUGUUGCUGGAGGCAGCUGCCGAAGCCUGAAACUCUGCCUGCUCUGCCAAGACAAGGACUUCCUUCUUUUCAGCCAGCGCUCCAGAUAACCUCCAAGAACCAGCCCCUCUCGAACAGUGAGCUGUGUCUUUAGAGGAAGCACAAUUGUGCCUUUGUCUAAAAAUCCUUUAUCCAGGUGGAAUUUAGGGAAAACAAAACUAUCUGGAUACAAUAAGGACUUUCAUGCAGCGGCUCUCUGAAAGGGCUACAUCAGUGGUGUGCAUCCUGACUGCACGUUAGAAGCACCUGGGGAAGCAUAAGGAAUAGUGGUUUCUGGGCUCCACACUACAGAUUUAAAUUUUCUGGGUAAUUUUUGAAAACUACUCAGAUGACUGUGACGGGCAGCCAGGUUGACAACCAUUGGUGUUCAAGUAAGAGCUUCCUGAGAACAUUGGAAGUAAAAAAGAGUCAAUGUUUAGUUUUGUCCUAACUUGUACUGAGCAAGUUGAUAUCUGAAGGUCAAAUCCUGAUUAGCUUUUUCUUCUUAAGUUCUGAAGUUGUUUCUUCUUAAGUUCUGAAGUCGCAGAAGACUAAAGGGCUAUCACUUCUGUGAACUGUUUUCGUGUACUUCACUAGACCCUGGUUUUGUGAGAACAUGGUAGGCUGAGCUAAAUGCAACAACUGCACUGACUCACUGUAAUUUAGCCAAAGGAAGCUAUUAAUGAAUAAGCUGUCUUUGAAGAUUUUCCACUCUAGAUAUUGCUUUUUGAAGCAUUGCAUUGUUUUUGAGCAUAUACUCAGUUUAUUUAGCUAAAAACUAAUUAUUUUCUGACUUCUGGAAGGUAUUAUAAAACUAAGAAUUUUUGUGCAAUUUCAAAUCUUUCCUCAGUUUAAGGAUUUUCACGGGCUCUGCCCCAAAGCACUGUUUGCCAGUUGAGUGCUAGUUGCUGGACUAGUUGAGGUGAAACCUGUUGAUCUAUCUGAGCAUUUGAGCAUUUGAGUUGCUGAGGUGAUGUACCCUGGCACAGGCUUUGCUGAAACAAUAGAAUUUUACUAAAAGCAUGAGGAAAACAAGCCAGUAGUGUGGCAUUGACACUUAAUUUGCUCCUGUGAUACUAACAGAUACUUCCCCCUAGUGGUGUCGUAUAGUAUUUAGAAAUACAUCUACCGCUACCAAAUUCAUGCUUUUACCUAACUAACCCUUAUGAUCUUCAGGUCUAGUAAAUGGCUCAGAAUUUGGUAGUAGAUACAGAAUUCCCUUUAAAGGAAUGCCCAAGGUAUAUGUUUAGCCCCUAAACAGUACUUUUGAUUUCCUUUGUAAAAAGGAAAUGGCAUUGAAUUCUGUCUAUACUAAUUAGAAAUUGUUGCUGUUUGAUGAUUCUUAGGAAACUGAUGGCACGAAAUGGAAAUUCCCUCACAUUAAAGUGGUAACCUCAGUGGACCCCAGAUGGGCAGUAACCAUAAAAGAAAUAGGGGCAGCAAAGAGAAGCUCACUAGCCACGUGACAGAUAGUAGGAUUUGAUAACAGGGGUGAAGCAGAAAUGUGAGAAAUGUGGGUUAGCCACACAUUAUUCCAUGUACCAGAACCUAAACCUUACACAUCACCUAAACCUUUAUCAAUGAAAUCCCUUCCUGCCUUUAAAUUACUAGGAUUUUCCAGUUCAGAAAUUCAAGAGGAAUAGGUGUUCUUGUAAGACUAUACACAGUUUCAUAAGCAGUCAAAGUUAUUCCCCAGUAAAGUUUACUUCAACACUAAAACCAAUGUUUCUACCGCAGCUGUUGACUUGACCUUAUUUAAGACUUCCUUUGACU